GAGUACGUUGUUUCGCAGAGUCUCGUGCAAGUGUAAAAUUUGUUUAAAAAAAUUCUAUUUCUACAAUAGAUUUUUUCUUCAUUUUUUGUUUAGAUACAAUUUGCAGUGCACUUUACCAUUUCAGUUUGAAAUUGUUUUUCGAACAGGUAAAGAUUGGUUUAGCAACGUUGGCUUUUAAUAAAAAAACUUCUAUACAAAAAAAAAAAAACUUUAAAUUAUUAUAAAUUUUGCAAACCAACACAGACUGUUUACGUGUGAAAUAACGAAAUAACGAAAUUAUUUUGUGAAUUUUUAAAAAUUAUUUUGGUGUUAAAUAUAGAGCAGAUACUCUUACGGAUACUAUGCUGAAAUUGUUAAUAGUUUCCUGCAUUUUGGCAACAUUGAACAUUGCCUAUGCGCAGCACAGAGACUACACAACCCCAGUACCGAUAUUAAAACAAAUCGAUCGCCAUAACGAUGAUGGUUCAUACACAUAUGGUUAUGAAGCCGCCGACAAAAGUUUCAAAAUUGAAACAAAAUAUGCUAAUGGCGAAGUCUUUGGCAAAUAUGGUUUCGUAGAUGAUCAGGGUCAAGUACGUGAAAUAGAAUAUGGUGCCAGUAAACGAGGUUUUGAACCAGCCGGAAGUGAUAUUAACGUACCACCUCCAACACUAACCAGUAACAAUCCAUAUCCAUUAGGACCAAACGAAAUUGAUGAUGGCCAAUAUCGUGAAGAUCCCGCCGUUUAUUAUAAAGACCAAAAAUUUAAUCGACCAAUUGCUGCAAGCAAAUUUAGUUUAAAUAAUAAUAAUAACAAUAACUAUUAUCAACAACCAUAUCAACAACCCUCUUAUGCUCCCCCACCACCACCACAGCCACCACGACAAGAAUACAGACCACAAUAUUAUAAUCCACCUCCACCACCACCUCCUCAGCCACGUUAUCAACCACAACCCUAUCAACAAUCGUACCAACAACCCUACCAUCAGCCAAAUUACAAUUCAUAUAAUAAUGGUCCUACAUUCCAUCAUCCCGCCAUUAAGAAUAUUGAUAUUUGGAGUGGUUCAUAUAGUGUGGACUAUACGGGGCGUAAAUAGUCGUAUUGAAAAUUUGUUGGAGGAGUUUAAUAAGCUGUUGUAUAAUAUGAUUUAGUUUAACAAAAAAAAUUAUUUAACAAAUACUAAAGAUAUGUCUUACUUAAGAGACUUCGACUGAUUUGUUAUCAAUGCUUUUGCAAAUAUCAGUCACUAAAUUUUAUGUUUUAUUUUAUUAUAAAUUGUAAUAUGUAUAUAAGUAAAUAUAUAUAAACGAAUACAUAUGUGUAUAUACGAAACUUUUUUAAAUAAAAUGUUGCGUAUUAUUGAUU